AUGGCUUCUCAAAGCGACAUGCAGGACCUUCUUCGGCUCUUCACAACCGGUCGUAACAAAGUCCCCAUACUCACAGCAAUGCAACGCGUCAAAGCCCUUCAAACUGCGUCUAUACUUCCAUCUAUCUCAGCCGUCGCAUCGACACCUCUUGAUACUCUCCAAUCCGCACUUUCUAUUGACGAGAAAGCUGCGAAAUCUCUAAUUACUGCUUGUAAGAAUGCGUCUAAAACAGCAGGCAAACGGUCCGCCGGCGAGAUUGAUACUACCAGUAAACAAGAAGUCAAACGUGUUAAAACAUUCGAGUCGGCGUAUUCUUUACCAGUUGAGCAAACAGAGGAGGAAUUAGAAAAGAGCUUGGAGUUACCAGAGAGUGUGAGAGAUGAAGAAAGGAUUAAAAAGACCAAGAUUUUUACAAAUAGAGCACCACUGGUAUUGGUAUGGGCAUUGCAGCUAUUGAAGUAUACGCUGCCGGGACAAAAGUUAAGUGGGAGAUUGAGUUUAGCGCAGGCGUUGGUUAGUGCGAAUAGUAAGAGUAAGGCGGAGAGCUUGGGAUUGAAGGGUAAGGGGAAGGAUGAGGAUGAAGGCAAAGGAUGGCCAAGGUUAAAGAUUAUGGGGAGGGAGAUUGGUGUUUUGAAGAGAGGGGGAUAUGGCAGUGGGUCAGAUGAAGGCAAAGCGGAGAGUGAAGUAAAGAUGGAAGAAGAGAAAUUUGCGAUCGGGAAAGAUUUGAUUAAUGAAUGGGCUGUCUCCACCCCGAUAGUAUCCAAAGGCUCAAAGUUCAUUGCCCGCUCAAUAUCAGUAUCCUCACCCAGUCAAGCUCUUACCUAUCUCCAAAUUCUCCUCAAGGAUCCAAGCAUUUCGGACGCAAGCCAUAACGUCACAGCUUUCCGCAUCCAAGGUGAUCAUGGAAUGAUCGAAGAUUGUAAGGACGAUGGUGAAUCAGGCGGUGGCACGCAUAUACUGGGGAUACUUCAAAAUAACAACAUGGUUGAUGUUUUGCUUGUUGUCUCCAGAUGGUAUGGAGGCGUCAUGUUAGGGCCUGACCGUUGGCGAAUCAUGACACAAGUGUGUAACGAUGCAUUAUCACAACGCUUGAGAGUAGCGGGGAAAAUAGGAGGAGAACAAUUAUGGGGGUUAGAUAUUGAAGCGAUGAAUUCUUCAAAUGUUGGAAGUAGUAUGCCCAUUCAUAGACCGGAGGGUGCGAGGAGAUAUGUUUUCAAUGCUUUUGCUCCACCUCCUGAUGAUGAAAUUGGGGAGAAGGACAGGAGCAAAAGGAAGAAAAGUGCGAAAGCGAUAGCUGAAGAGAAAGAGGGAAAUCUAGGAUUGCUGAUGGGAGCACUAGAUUUAUUGUUUGAGAGUUGGGUUGACCAUAUAGGGAGGGACGAGUUAGAUAGAAGGGCUUGGGGAUGGUAUGUGCAGAUUAGACCGGAAGUAGAGAGUGGAGUCGCGGGGUGGGGCGGAAAAGGAGUGGUGAAGUUGAGUGAGAUAUUGGCUUUAAGGAGAAGGACGUGA